CCUCAAGAUCAUCCAGAUCGAGCAAGUAGACACAAUAAAUUAGGAGUCAUGCUAUCUACGAGGUUUGAGCGGAUAGGAGACCUUCGCGACCUCCAAAAAGCCAUUAAGCACAGCGAAGAGGCGCUGGCUACUACCCUACAAGAUCACCAGGAUAAAGCAGCAGCCCGACUCAGUAACCUGGGAACCUGCCUCUGUAGGAGGUUUAGGCGGAUAGGAGACCUUGAUGACCUCCAAAAGGCUAUUAAGCGCAGCGAAGAGGCAUUAAAUGCUACCCCCCAGGAUCACCCAGAUCGCGCGGCUCACCACAAUAACCUGGGAGUCAUGUUAUCUGAGAGGUUUGAGCGGAUAGGAGACCUUGAUGACCUCCAAAACGCUACUAAUCACGGCGAAGAGGCACUAGCUGCUACCCCUCAUGAUCACCCAGAUCGAGCAAGUAUGCACAAUAACCUGGGAAUCUGGCUCUCUACAAGAUUUGAGCGGUUAGGAGAUCUUGAUGAUCUCCAAAAAGCCAUUUGGCAUGGCGAAGAGGCACUAGCUGCUACCCCCCAGGAUCACCCGGAUCAAGUAAUUCGACACAAUAACCUGGGACUCUGGUUCUCUACGAGAUUUGAUCGGCUAGGAAACCUUAGCGACCUCCAAAAAGCCAUUAAGCACGGCGAAGAGGCACUAGCUGCUAUCCCGCAUGAUCACCCAGAUCGAGCAUGCAGUCACAGUAACCUAGGAAUCCUAAUCUCCUCAAGAUUUAAACGGCUAGGAGACCUCGAUGACCUCCAAACAGCCAUAAAGCACGGCGAAGAGGCUCUAGCUGCUAUUCCCCAAGAUUCCCCGGCGCGGAGAGGCGCACACAAUAACCUGGGACUCCGGUUCUCUGCAAGAUUUAAACGGCUGGGAUACUUUAAUGACCUCCAAAAAGCUAUUAAGCACAGCGAAGUGGCACUAGAUGCUACCCCCCGAGAUUGCCCGGAUCGAGCAUCCGGACACGAUGCCCUAGGGUCCUGCCUCUAUAGGAGGUUUGAGUUGUUAGGAGACCUUGAUGACCUCCAACAAGCCACUAAGCACGGCGAAGAGGCACUCGCUGCUACCCCCCAGAAUCACCCAGAUCGAGCAGGUCGGCACAAUAGCCUGGGAGUGAUGUUCUCUACAAGCUUUGAGCGGUUAGGAGACCUUGAUCCCCUUCGGAAAGCCAUUAAGCACAGUGAAGAGACACCAGCUGCUGCCCCUCAAGAUCACCCCGUUCGGGCAGCCAUCCACAAUAACUUGGGAAACUAUUUCUCUGCAAGAUUUCAGCGGUUAGGAGACUUUGAUGACCUCCGAAAAGCCUUCAAGCAUGGCGAAGAGGCACUAUCUGCUACACCCCAGGGUCACCCGGAUCGAGCAGCCAGACUCGGUAACAUGGGAGACAAGUUCUCUGUGAGGUUUCAGCAGACAAGGGCCUUGAUGACCUCCAAAAGGCCAUUGACCACAACGAGGAGGCACUAUCUGCUAUACCCCAAAAUCACCCUAACCUAGCGGUCAGGUUCCUUGCCCUUGGCCUAAAUUUUCUAUCAAGACUCGUGACUCUGGGCUCAGUACAAGACUACUCAAUAGAGGACUUAAACGAAAGCCUCCGUCUGUGCCGCGGGGCUUUUCAUUGCCGCACCUCACCCCUCCGAUUUCGGAUCGACGCAGCUCACAUAGGAGCUACUUUACUAUUAUUUACUGGAAGGUCUCGUGAAUCAGGUUCCAUACUCGAGGAUGCGGUCAGGUUGAUGUCAAGUGUCAAUCUGUGAUUAUUAAAACGAGAUGACCAACAGCACAUACUGUCUGGAUAUUAUGGGCUAGCAUCACAAGCUGCUUCUGUGGCUCUUCAGGCUGGGAGAGAAGCCUAUGACAGCCUUAAGCUACUAGAGCUCAGCCGUGGAAUAAUUAUGGGCUUUACAAUCGACUCAAGGUCCGAGGUUUCAGAUCUUAAAACCGAUCACCCGCUCAAAUUCAACCAAUUUAACCGCCUCCGGGUUGAGAUUGACUCGGCGAUAGAUUCAAUGGACUGCACAAGUGGCAAAGUGCCGGGCCGGUGCCGAAAUCGCGCUGUAUCAAGACGUUGGGAGGCUGUCAGAGAGAUGGAAACAAUUCUAACUAGCAUCCGGUCAUUACCUGGCUAUGCUGGAUUCAUGCUCCCUCCCUCUCCGGGGGAUCUGAUGGAGAUGGCGAUAGAUGGUCCUAUCAUUGUCUUCAACUGCACCGAUUUUAGGAGCGACGCCAUAAUUGUCACCACCUCAGCUAUAACUUCAUUGGAACUUCCAGAAUUGAACCACGAA